AUGGUUAAGAACGUUCUUUUACUUGGUUCCGGAUUCGUUGCCAAACCAACAGUUGAUAUCUUGGCUAAGACCCCAGAUGUUAAGGUUACUGUUGCUUGUCGUACUUUAGAAAAGGCUAAGGCUCUUGCUGGUAAUGUAGCUGAUGCCAUCUCGUUAGAUGUUUCUGACGAAGCCGCAUUGGAUGCUGCUGUCGCCAAGGUUGAUGUUGUUAUCUCUUUGAUCCCAUACACCUACCACGCUACUGUCGUCAAGUCUGCUAUUAAGAACAAGGUCAAUGUCGUCACCACUUCUUACAUCAACCCUCAAUUGAGAGAAUUGGAACAACAGAUCAUCGACGCUGGAAUCACUGUUAUGAACGAAAUUGGUUUGGAUCCUGGUAUUGACCACUUGUACGCAGUCAAGACUUUCGAAGAAGUCCAUGCAAAGGGUGGUAAGAUCAAGUCCUUCUUGUCUUACUGUGGUGGUUUACCAGCCCCAGAAGCUUCCAACAACCCAUUGGGUUACAAGUUCUCUUGGUCCUCCAGAGGUGUUCUCUUGGCCUUGAGAAACCCAGCCCAAUACUGGAAGGAUGGUGAAAUUGCUCUGGUCAAGUCUGAAGACUUAAUGGCCACCGCCAAGCCAUACUUCAUCUACCCAGGAUUCGCCUUUGUUGCAUACCCUAACAGAGACUCUACUGCUUACAAGGAAAUCUACAACAUUCCUGAAGCUGAAACUGUUAUCAGAGGUACUUUGAGAUUCCAAGGUUUCCCAGAAUUCGUCAAGGUCUUGGUUGACAUCGGAUUCUUAAAGGAUGAAGAGUCUCCUAUCUUCAAGGAAUCCAUUCCAUGGAAGGAAGCCACUGCCAGUCUCGUGGGUGCUGCUUCUACUUCUGAAGAAGAUAUCUCCAAGGCUAUCGUUGAAAAGGCUACUUUCACUUCAGAAGAUGACAAGGCUAGAAUCUUGGCUGGUUUGAAAUGGUUCGGUUUGUUCUCUGACAAGAAGACCACCGCCAGAGGUAACGCUUUGGACACUCUCUGUGCCACUUUGGAAGAAUUGUGUCAAUACGAAGAAGGUGAACGUGACUUGGUCUGUUUACAACACAAGUUCGGUAUCGAAUGGGCCAACGGUGAAAAGGAAGUCAGAACCUCCACCUUGGUUGACUACGGUGAUCCAAAGGGUUACUCCUCCAUGGCUAAGUUGGUUGGUGUCCCAUGUGCCAUUGCUACCCAACAAGUUUUGGACGGUACCUUGUCUGGUCCAGGUUUAUUGGCUCCAAUGACUUCCAAGAUCAACGAUCCAAUCAUGAAGACCUUGAAGGAAGACUACGGUAUCUUCUUGGAAGAAAAGACUCUUUAA